CACUACAUAUAAAGCCUCCAAUUGCGCCGGUGCUUCCUAGAAACUCCGUUCAUUUGGAAUUUAUUGCUUUUUAUUUUCUUGGCGGCUACGGUUUGGAUCGGCUUUUCUGGAUUUCCCCUUGGUUUCUCAGAAUCUGAGAAAUCCCCACCGUAUAUAUUUGUCCACGGCAUUUGAACUUUGUAAAUGCAGUUGGUUUUCGGACUUUCUGCAGAUUGAUAGGUUUUGAGAGGGGAGAGGGAAAACAUUUCUGAGGCGAAGUAAGAAGCAAUGGAGAGAGGAGGGAAUAGAGGGCGAGGCAGAGGAAGAGGACGAGGAGAUGAACAAUGGAGGCAACAGGCGCCUCAGGGGAGUGGUCAGGGAAGGGGCCAAGGAUGGGGGCGAGGGAGAGCUGGGGGAGUCGAACCUGGGCCGAAUUAUGCCGGAGCCGCUGGGUUUCAGCCUGGUUCUGGUCAAAGCUCUCAGCGUGGAGGUCCAAGCCAGGCUGCACCAGUCGGUCAAGGAAGAGGUCAAGGACCUCCUCAGGCAUGGGGUCCCCAGGCAUGGGGACGAGGAAGGCAACAACAACAGCAAUUCGCUCCGCGACCUUCUGUUCCGCCAGGUUCGGCUAUUGAGGAAACCUCAAGGCAAAUGGCUCGGGUGAACAUUCAAGAGCCCCUGGCUCCAGUUAAUAUUCCACAGGGUUCUGGUACUAGCAUUAGCACUAGUGCGGGUAGUAGCAUUGAAAAACUCGACAGUGGAAAUUUGAAGCCUGUGAAGAGGCCCGAUGCAGGAGGGCGAAAUGGGUCUAGACAGGUUCGCCUCAUUGCAAAUCAUUUCAAGGUCGAAUUUCAGCCCAAUCAGCAGAUUUUCCAUUAUGAUGUGAACAUAACACGUGCGUCUGCCAAAAAUGGUGCUUCCAAACGUGGAGGAAAGCAGAAGGGAGGCCGUGGUGCAUCUACUUCCGAGGGUCAAGACUUGGCGGCUACUGUGUCUAGGGCAGAUGCGGAAGAGAUAAAGAACAAAUUGGUUGCAGAGAAUCGCGUGGCUUUCCGUGAUGCAAAGCCUGUUUAUGAUGGCAAAAAGAACUUGUACAGUGCGAUCGAAUUGCCAGAGGGGGAUUUUACUGUGAAGCUCUCUAAAGGUGAAGAUAGUGAAGCCAAAGAAUAUAAGGUGACUCUAACGCUAGCCAACAAGCUAGAUGGGCGUAGACUAGCAGAUUUUCUUAAUAGAAGUAUACGCGACCAUGUGACCGUGCAACAGGAAAUGUUACAGGCGUUGGAUCUGGUAGUAAGGGAGCAUCCCAGUAGCAGCCGAAUAAUCAUGGGGCGAAGCCUUUAUGAAAAAGAUAAAACACGCCAGGAAUAUCUUAAUAGUGGCAUUGUUGCUGCAAGAGGGUUUUCAAUGAGUCUCAGGCCUACGGCCCAGGGGCUAUCUCUUAAUGUGGAUUUUUCUGUAGUGGCUUUCCAUGCAACCAUGCCUGUACUAGAUUAUUUGUGGGAGAAUCGAAAAAUUGAUUGCAAACCAAACCAACCUCUCAAUCCAAAUGAUCGAAGGGCGGCUGAAAGUGCUCUGAGAGGUUUGAAGGUAACUGUCACUCAUAGGCUCACAAAGCAAAAAUACACCGUGGGGAGACUUACUAAAGAAACUACCAGAGAGCUUAGGUUCAACAUUGAAGAAAGUGGGCAGCAGAAUCAGAGCGUUAGCCUUGUGGAUUAUUACAGGAAGCGUUACAAUGAGGAUAUUAAGUUCAAACUGCUUCCUUGUUUGGACCUGAGCAAGCAGUCCGAUAGACCUAAUUAUGUUCCCAUGGAGUUCUGUGUAAUUUGUGAAGGGCAGAGAUUUCCCAAGGAUAAUCUCAAUGCAAUUCAGCAAAAAAAUUUGCGGGGCAUGGCUUGUCCCAAAGUGUACGAGAGGCAAAAUAUAAUCAAUCAAAUCAUGUCAAUGCCAGAUGGACCUAGAGGUGGCCCUUAUCUACCCCAUUUUCAAAUAGCAGUGGGUGCAGAAAUGACCGAGGUGACAGCACGGGUGCUAGAUGCACCCGAGCUGAGGCUGGGUGAUCGGGGGCAACUUAGUCGGGUUAUGCCCCGGCCAGAUGACAGGCAAUGGAACCUGCUUAAAAGUCAUGUUUUUGACGGAAAAAACAUUGAGAGAUGGGGAAUCAUACAUUUUUCACAACGGCAGCCAGAUAAGCAGACUGGUAUGGCGGUGGAAAUUUUCUGUGAUGCCAUGGUGAAAAGGUUCCGAACUCUAGGCAUCAACAUGCAAGCAAAGCCAGUGAUCUAUAAAUCAGAUGCAAUGGCCAAGUUUGACAAUGUGGCACAGCUGAAGCAGACUCUGACGGAUAUACACACCAGAAGCAGAGGGCAAGGGCAGUUACAAAUUUUGAUAUGCAUAAUGGAGGACAAGCACCCUGGCUACAAAAGUCUUAAGCUUAUCUGUGAAACAGAAAUUGGUCUGGUAACACAAUGCUGUCUGUGGGAACAUGUCAGAAAGUGUGGCGAUACAAAAUACGGUUCUCAAUAUUUGGCAAAUUUUGCUCUCAAGGUCAAUGCCAAAGUAGGCGGGAGCAAUGCAGCGCUCAAUCAAAGCCUCUCCACUCAGUUACCACGCUUUGGGAAUCAUCACGUUGUGUACUUUGGAGCAGACGUGAAUCAUCCAGGCAAGCGAGAUGAAAGAAGCCCGUCAAUUGCUGCUGUGGUAAUGAGCAUCAACUGGCCCCAUUCCAACCGUUACGUGGUCAAAAUCCGAUGUCAGAAAAACCGUCAGGAAUACAUUUCAGAGCUAGGAGACAUGUCUAAGGAACUGCUAGAUGAGUAUCUCAAGAUGAACAAGAAGUUGCCCGAAAGGAUUAUAUUUUUCAGAGAUGGGGUGAGCGAGGGACAAUUCGACAUUGUCCUAAACCAGGAGUUAGUAGCCUUGAAAAAGGCAUUCAAGCAAUUUGGAAAUUAUAACCCGGUUAUUUCAUUCAUAGUAGCUCAGAAGCGGCAUCACACAAGGCUGUUCCCCUUGGGCGAUGUGAACACAAAAUCUGGCAACGUCCCACCUGGUACAGUCGUGGAUACUUCAAUAGUUCACCCAAGGGAGUUUGACUUCUAUUUGUGCAGUCACUAUGGGCUGCUAGGCACCAGCAAGCCAACCCAUUAUCAUGUUCUUUGGGACGAGAAUCUGUUUAGUUCAGAUGAGUUGCAGCAACUCAUCAAUAAUCUCUGUUACACGUUUGCUAGGUGCACAAAGCCCGUCUCACUGGUGCCUCCCGUUUAUUACGCUGACCUGGCAGCCUACAGAGGCCGACUGUAUGUUGAAGGGCUAACCACCUCCGAUACUUCCUCUGCCUCAUCAUCAUCAUCCUCAGCCUCUUUCAGCAUCCCGAAGAUCAACGUUGGGGUCGAGAAUUUCAUGUUUUUUCUCUGAAACUCUGCAUUUUCUCCGUCUCGUAUUUCUAUGCUAGACUCCUCUUUCCAGGGGCUAGCAUAAACAUUGUUUUGUGUGUCAAUUUUCAUGAACUGUCUGUCAUAUUUAAAAGAUAAAAGACUAGUAUAUAUUUUCGAGUUUUGUUGGGGGCUGCGGCAAGGAUCUCCCAAUCGGCGUCCCUGAGAAAGGGACGAAACUUUCUCUGUGCAUGUGUUGAAAUAUUUAAUUGUAAGUUUUUUGAUUCCGAAA